AUGAGCCAGAGGUUCACCGUCACCGCGCUGUCCCGGGAGGGCGCGGCCCCGGGCAGGCCGGGCGCUGCGGCCCCCCACACACCCCCUGGCCCGCUGCAGGGCGCCCGCACCCGUGGCCUCCCCGGAGAAGACGGCAGAGGCGAUGGCAACCCCAAGGAGAGCAGCCCCUUCAUUAACAGCACGGACACGGAGAAGGGCAAGGAGUACGAUGGCAAGAACAUGGCCCUCUUCGAGGAGGAGAUGGACACCAGCCCCAUGGUGUCGUCCCUGCUGAGCGGCCUGGCCAACUACACCAACCUGCCGCAGGGCAGCCGCGAGCACGAGGAGGCCGAGAACAACGAUGGCAGCAAGAAGAAGCCCGUGCAGGCGCCGCGGAUGGGCACCUUCAUGGGCGUGUACCUGCCCUGCCUGCAGAACAUCUUCGGGGUCAUCCUCUUCCUGCGCCUCACCUGGGUGGUGGGCAUCGCCGGCAUCAUGGAGUCCUUCUGCAUGGUCUUCCUCUGCUGCUCCUGUACGAUGCUGACGGCUAUCUCCAUGAGCGCCAUCGCUACCAAUGGAGUGGUGCCAGCGGGCGGCUCCUACUACAUGAUCUCGCGCUCCCUGGGCCCCGAGUUCGGCGGGGCCGUGGGGCUGUGCUUCUACCUGGGCACCACCUUCGCUGGGGCCAUGUACAUCCUGGGCACCAUCGAGAUCCUGCUGGCCUACAUCUUCCCGGCCAUGGCCAUCUUCAAGGGGGAGGAUGCCAGCGGGGAGGCGGCAGCCAUGCUCAACAACAUGCGCGUCUACGGCACCUGCGUGCUCACGUGCAUGGCCACCGUCGUCUUCGUUGGCGUCAAGUAUGUCAACAAGUUCGCCCUGGUCUUCCUGGGCUGCGUCAUCCUCUCCAUCCUCGCCAUCUACGCCGGCGUCAUCAAGUCCGCCUUCGACCCGCCCAGCUUCCCGAUCUGCCUGCUGGGCAACCGGACGCUGUCGCGCCACGGGUUCGACACGUGUGUCAAGCUGGUGGUGGAGGGCAACGAGACCGUGGGCUCCAAGCUCUGGGAGCUGUUCUGCACCUCCCGCUUCCUCAACGCCACCUGCGACGACUACUUCACCCACAACAACGUGACCGAGGUCGAGGGCAUCCCCGGGGCCGCCAGCGGCCUCAUCCAGGAGAACCUCUGGAGCACGUACCUGGCCAAAGGCGUGAUCGUGGAGAAGCAGGGGAUGCCCUCGGUGACCCCCUCGGACGCCCCCGUGGACCUGGACCAGCCCUACGUCUUCAGCGACAUGACCUCGUACUUCACCCUCCUAGUGGGCAUCUACUUCCCCUCCGUCACAGGAAUCAUGGCCGGCUCCAACCGCUCGGGCGACCUGCGCGACGCCCAGAAAUCCAUCCCCACCGGCACCAUCCUGGCCAUCGCCACCACCUCGGCUGUCUACAUCAGCUCGGUCAUCCUCUUCGGAGCCUGCAUCGAGGGCGUCGUUCUGCGGGACAAGUUCGGCGAGGCGGUGAGUGGGAACCUGGUGGUGGGCACGCUGGCCUGGCCGUCGCCCUGGGUCAUCGUCAUCGGCUCCUUCUUCUCCACGUGCGGGGCAGGGCUGCAGAGCCUCACGGGCGCCCCGCGCCUCCUCCAGGCCAUCUCCCCGGACGGCAUCGUCCCCUUCCGGCGGCCGCAAAAGCCGAUGGAUGUGGGGGGCCAGCCCCUCAGCCACAGCCCGAACGGGGCCCCCUCCCCACGAGCGGCUCAGCCUCUGCCCUGUCCCCCCCGCAGGUUCUUCCUGAUGUGCUACAUGUUCGUGAACCUGGCCUGCGCCGUGCAGACGCUGCUGCGCACGCCCAACUGGCGGCCCCGCUUCCGCUACUACCACUGGACGCUGUCCUUCCUGGGCAUGAGCCUCUGCCUGGCCCUGAUGUUCAUCUGCUCCUGGUACUACGCGCUGGUGGCCAUGCUCAUUGCCGGGCUCAUCUACAAGUACAUCGAGUACCGGGGCAGCCCGCACUCCCGGCGGCAGGGGUCCAGCCGUGCUGCCCUCCCCUCCCCACCCCACGCCCCCCUGGCUGCUGGCCCCGGCUCCCCUGGCCUCCUGCCCGGGUCCCGCCGUGCCGUGCCCAGCGUGGGGGCUCGUGCCGGGUCCGUGCGUGCCAGGAGCGCCCGGGGCGUUGGGUCUGAGUGCAGCCCUCUGUCCCACCAGUCCAUCCGCCGCCUGAUGGAGGCCGAGAAGGUGAAGGGCUUCUGCCAGGUCGUGAUCUCCUCCAACCUGCGCGACGGCAUGUCCCACCUCAUCCAGUCCAGUGGGCUGGGGGGGCUGCAGCACAACGCGGUGCUGGUGGGCUGGCCGCGCAGCUGGCGCCAGAAGGAGGACCACCAGACCUGGAGGAACUUCAUCGAGCUGGUGCGGGAGACCACGGCCGCGCACCUGGCACUGCUGGUCACCAAGAACGUGGCCAUGUUCCCGGGGAACCAGGAGCGCUUCGCCGAGGGCCACAUCGACGUCUGGUGGAUCGUGCACGACGGUGGCAUGCUGAUGCUGCUGCCCUUCCUGCUGCGGCACCACAAGGUACCGCUGCCUGCCGCCAGCUGGGGCGGGGCGCGGGCAAUGCCCCAGUUUGCCCUUGGUGCUGCUUUGUGGCCGGGAGCCUUGACUCCCCCAGCCCAAAUCUCUGGGCUGCUUUUGGAAGGGGGGGUCGAGGUGGUCGAGAUGCACGAGAGCGACAUCUCGGCCUACACCUACGAGAAGACGCUGGUGAUGGAGCAGCGCUCCCAGAUCCUCAAGCAGAUGCACCUGACCAAGAACGAGCGGGAGCGGGAGGUGCAGCUCAUCCACGACAAGAAUGCCACGGCCUUCUCCAGCAGCUCCCCGUCGCCUGCGGAGGAGGCUGAGCCGGCCCCCGAGAAGGUGCAUCUCACCUGGACCAAGGAGAAGUCUGUGGCUGAAAAGAACAAGAGCAAGAGCCCCGUCAGCCCCGAGGGCAUCAAGGACUUCUUCAGCAUGAAGCCGAACCAGUCCAACGUGCGGCGGAUGCACACGGCCGUGAAGCUCAAUGAGGUCAUCGUCAAGAAGUCCCAGGACGCCAAGCUGGUCCUGCUCAACAUGCCUGGGCCACCCCGCAACCGCAAGGGCGACGAGAACUACAUGGAGUUCCUGGAGGUGCUGACGGAGCACCUGGACCGGGUGCUGCUGGUGCGCGGCGGGGGCCGGGAGGUCAUCACCAUCUACUCGUGA